AUGGAUGGACCAUCAGCAAAGAAGUCCACUUCGUUUGAGACACUAGUGAUUCAAAAUAUAUCUAACACAAACGACUUAAAAGCAAAACUGAACGAAAUUAUCGCUAGUGGAAAAGAUUACGAAUACGAUGUUUCAUCUUGCAUUAAAGCUUUACUAAACAACAACGAUCCAGUUAUUGUGCUGCUGACCGUGCAAGCAUUAUCCGAACUAGCGAAAUGUGAAACGAAACGAGAAACAUACGCACAAAAAGAUGUGAUUGUACCGAUUUUGUCUAUAUUAAGUAAAGAUGUUACAUUAGAUAAAGUAGAGCUUAUUAAACACUGCUGUAGAGCUUUAGGUAACCUGUGCUGUGAUUGUGAUACAUCCAGAAAUAUAUUACUCCAAAACAAUGGGGUUGGCAUACUGGGAAAUGUAUUAAAAAUAUGUAUUGAAAAUAACACAUCUACGCCUCUAGCAGAAAUUAAACUAGUUGUCGUCAAAGCCUUACUCAACUAUGCUAUUGGGGGACAAGAAUAUUCCGAGUCAUUGGUGAAAAGUGACUUAAUAGAAUUUAGUAGGAAAAUGUUGACAGUGGAAUCAUUUAAAGAGGUCAUGGAUGAUGAUUUAGUGUCAACAAUUCUGACAUUAUUGACUGUAAUAAAUGACAACAAUACGGAAUUACUUUUUGAUGAAGACCUGAAUAUGGCCGUUCUUAAUGUGCUCCGAGAAACGACUAAUGUUGAUGUGUCCGAGUUAGCUUUGGAGCAUCUACACACACAAGCUGAACAUGAGUCAGUAAAAACCCUGUUAGCCAAGGAGGGAGGGGUCAACCUAGUUUGUUCACGCCUGGAAUUACUUCUUGAACACCAGAAUAAUUUGACCCAGGACAGCGAAGUUGAAGCUGUUAUGAAGCAGGCGUGUGAUCUCAUCAUCAUUGUAUUGACCGGAGAUGAAGCAAUGCACAUUCUAUAUAACAAUGGUAAGGGCGAGGUGUAUCAAAGUACAGUGAGGUGGUUGGACUCAGACAACCAUCAAUUGUUGGUGACGGCUGUGCUGGCUGUGGGGAACUUUGCUCGGCAAGACCAAUACUGUGAGAAGAUGAUGGACGAACACAUCUUUGAUAAACUGUUAGCCAUCUUCAACCACUACCACAAUCUUGGUAUAAAGCUCCAGUCAUCUGAAGAUGUUUAUAUAUCUCCUAUGGUGGUGAUGAAGCUUCAACACGCGAGCCUAUCAGCCAUUCGUAACUUGUGUGUGCCGAUGGUCAACAAGCGUCGCGCGGCGGCCGGCCCGGCGCCUGCCAUGCUGCUGGCAGCUCUGCCACACGUUCAGGAACACAAUGUAGCUUACAAGCUGCUAGCGGCUAUAAGAAUGCUGCUUGAUGGACAGGAGAGCGUGGCCCGCGAGGUGGCGUGUUCUCCGUGGCUGCAUCACAUCAGCUCGUGGGGCGGGUCGGGGCACGCGGGCGCAGGGGCGGAGUCCCCUCGCCUGUUAGCCCGGGUCGCGAGGCUCCUGCCACACGACCUCCUGCCUCGGCUGCUCGAGGCCGACUGCGUGUCUCGACUUGUAGACAUGUUGCUAGCGUCUCACGCACUCAUGCAGAACGAAGCUCUUGUAGCACUCACGCUCCUAUCCGCCGCCUGCCAAUCAAAUACCAACCUUACCGACCAGUUAGUAAAGUCGGAAAUCGGAAAGCACUUAUCGGUGCUCGUUGAGACCAAUUGCGCUAAAAUGCCGCUAGAGGUCGCUGAGAAUCUUCUAUCGUUCUUGGAGGUGACCUCCAGGUAUGAAAUACUUCUAUUGGAUUAUAAAUCAGCGAAGGUUCAUGACGCGUUGACGAAAUUCGCUUCAUCGAGAGACGAUCUAGGUGGUGUUAAUGAACGUAUUAAUAAAAUGAUAGAAUUAAUAUCUGAAGAAAAAACUGAAUAG